UUAUGCUUUUUCAAGAUGAAUAAAAGCAAGCAUCCCAGCUUAUGGAUGCAUGUUGUAUUGGCUUCUCACAUUCUAGUUUCUUCUUUGAGCACAGGUAUGCCAGGACUGACAGCUUAUGUAGGUUUCUUUGAAGUGGGCUCUCCCAAGAAAGGGGAGAAUGUUUUUAUUUCAGCUGCUUCUGGUGCUGUUGGUCAACUUGUUGGUCAGUUUGCUAAAUUGACUGGUUGCUAUGUGGUUGGAAGUGCUGGAAGCAAAGAGAAGGUGGAUCUUUUGAAGAUUAAACUUGGAUUUGAUGGAGCUUUUAACUACAAAAAAGAGUCAGACCUCGAUGCAACUUUGAAAAGAUACUUUCCAGAAGGCAUUGAUAUUUACUUUGAGAAUGUUGGAGGCAAGACACUUGAUGCAGUACUCCUUAACAUGAGAUUCCAUGGUCGCAUACCUGUUUGUGGAAUGAUCUCGCAGUAUAAUCUCACACAACCCGAAGGUGUAACAAAUUUGGCAAAUCUAAUAUUUAAGCAAAUUCGAAUGGAAGGUUUUACUGUUGUCAAAUUCUAUCACCUAUAUUCCAAAUUCUUGGAGUUUGUGCUGCCUCAUAUUAGAGAAGGGAAGGUUGUGUAUGUGGAAGACAUUGCUGAGGGUCUUGAGAAUGGCCCUGCAGCCUUGGUUGGCCUCUACACUGGUCGGAAUGUUGGUAAACAAGUGGUUGUUGUUGCUCGUGACUGAAUGCAGAUGUUUUUUUUUGGACAAUGCUUAGUUUUUCUUAAGUUUUGAUGAAUACUAAACCUCUUUGUAUCUGACUUUUUCUUAAGUUCUGUUGAAUAUUAAGCCUCUUUGUAUGACUUUUGCAGUCAUUUUGAAUUGUAGUAUCUACGAUAGCAGUUAGUAAAUGUGUGUUGAA